AAAAGGUGAAAAAGAAAAAAUUCGAAACGGAGAAAAAUAAUAUCUGAAGGAAGAUGGCGGGAUCUCUAACAGCAUCAGUCCACCACCACCGUGGAAACGCGGUGGCAGCUCCAGAAUUUUCCCGAUGGCAGAUAAGCUAUGCUCGAUUUGUUCAGUUUCCGUCUUCUCCCUUUCCGUAUCCAGGUCUGAAACCCGUCGGGAAGAGAGAGCUGUAUUAUCCGCCAUACGGGACGUGGUUGUCGACGUCUUCUUCGAACGUGUCUCUCCAGUUGGUCGACGAAUUGAACAGAUCCGAUGUGAUUCUCUCCGUCCAACUCGGCGGCAAACUCCUUGAAGAACACUACAUUUCGAAGCUGAAUUUCACAUGGCCACAGAUGUCUUGUGUUUCUGGGUUUCCAUCUCGUGGUAGUCGAGCGAUUUUUGUUAGCUAUAAUGAUUCUGCAAACGAGAUCCAAAAAUUUGCUUUAAGGUUUUCUACAUGUGAUGCAGCAUUGGACUUUGUGGUAACUCUUAAGGAGAAGCUUAAGGGUUUAGAGGAAGCUGGGAACCAGAGAAAUGAAACUAUGUGCGAGGUUUCUUUCCAGUCAGGUUACAACCCUUCAAAUGGAAGAAUCCGCAGAGCCACUGAGGAAAAGCCAAGUAUGGUGAAACCUCUUAACAGUUAUGUUCCUGAAAUGCAACUACCAAGACUUGAGUAUGAAGCUCAGAACCAAAAAUUUGAAUCUAGGUCCGAAGUUUCUUUCCAAUCAGAUUACAACCCUUCAGAUGAGACUGUCUCCAGAGCCACUGGGGAAGAGCCAAAUAUGGGUAAUCUUCUUGAUAGUUAUGUUCCUGAAAUGCUACCAAGACUUGAAUACGAUACUAGACAAACCUUAUACCAACCACAGUCUGCCAUAAGUCGAAUCCCCAACCAGAGUUCCAACAAUCUCCCUCCAAGUUUCACCACCUUACUCUCUGGUUGCUUCCCCAACUCCACUCUAGAUGCAGGCCAAACAACUGUAAAGCAGGAUCCUGAUCUAAAGUCACAGAUACUGAACUACAUGGAAGAUUCUUCAUUUCAAGAUAUGCUGCAGAAAGUAGAGAGAAUUAUGGAAGAAAUUGGAGGUAACUGGAUUCUCUAAGUUUCAUCUUCAUCACAAAUAUAUAUCCAUCUUAUUUUCAUUUCUAGUCUUAUGUUCAUUGAUCGAAAACAUAUGUUGUUUAAUCAAUUGAGAUUAAAAAAGGAGCAACAUUGGUAGAAGACAUCGUUAUUCAGAUAAAGUGAUAACAAUUGCCAAGAAAUUA